AUGUCGACGGAAAUUACACACACGUCUUCCACCCUAAAAAUGGUGCUCACAUUCGAAAAGUCUCGAGAAAAGUUUCUGCAGAUCAGAGACGGAUCAAUCGCAGAGCUGGACAAGCUCUUUCCUCCACCCAAGGACUCUCAACACCAUGACAAACCUACCAAGCUGCCCAAAAACUCGAUUCCGGUCUUCCAGCAGAUGAUGGCUCCGAGCGACGCCAUCAUCGUCAACACAGACCCGGUUGAACUGCUGGAUCAGUUGGCACAUGCCAAGGUGUCUGCGGUCACCGUUGCAGGCGCCUUUCUGCGAGCGGCCGUCAUUGCUCAGACUCUGACGAACUGUCUGACCGAGCUGCUCCCCCGCGAGGCUCUGGAGACUGCAAAGAAGCUGGAUGAACACCUCGAGGCCACCGGCAAGACUGUAGGGCCGCUGCAUGGAGGCUCUUCAUCCGGGGAGGGGGCCUUGAUUGGUCUUGGUGCCAGUCACCUAGGUCUCGGAACCGACAUUGGAGGCUCCAUUCGAGGACCGGCUGCAUGUUCUGGCAUAUACGGUCUUCGACCGUCUACCGGCAGAGUUCCCAUUGCCGGGUGUGACCACCCCAUGCAUGGAUCUGACUCCAUUAACGGCUGUAUCGGACCCAUGACUCCCUCUCCCAAGCUUCUCGAUCUAUUUAUGCAGGUCAUGUCCGAUGCUGAAACUUGGAGAUAUGAUCCUGUGACCGAACGGUCUGUCUGGAGCCCCUCCACCUUCAAGAAGAAGAAGCUGCGAGUCGGCUACUACUCUGACGAUGGCUAUGUGACCCCCCAUCCUCCGGUCACUCGAGCCAUUGAGGAGUACGUGAGCAAGAUCGAAAAGUCCAAUUUUGACGUGGAGGUCGAACUCGUCCCCUUCACUCCCUUCAAUGCUGCCGACAACUGGCGAAUCAUUACAACCCUGUACUUCACAGACGGAGGUAAGUGGCUCAAGGAUGAGCUCAACUGCGUGGGUGAGCCUCUUACAGACCGAAUCGAAAUGAUUGCCCUCAAGAACCCCAACUGCCGACGUCUCAACAUUGAGGAGCUGUGGCAUGCUCACGAUGAGCGAGACGGCUUCAAGUGGAACCUCAGACAGGAGUGGAACAAGGCUGGCAUUGACAUGCUGAUUGCCCCAUCUCUUCCCGGAGCUGCAUUCAAAUUUGGAACCUCAAACUACUGGGGAUACACGUCAUACUGGAACCUGGUUGACUAUGCCUCAGUGUCUGUUCCCUUCUCCACUGUCAAGGCCUCAGACAAGCCUGCGGAGAACUUCAAGCCCCGAAACAAGCUGGAUGCCGAAUGGCAGGCCCAUUACUCUCCCGAGAUCUACGAGGGAGCUCCUCUUUCCAUCCAGCUCAUUGCUCCUAGAAUGCACGAUGAGGUGAUUGUCGAGGCACUCAAAAUGUUUUCUGAUAUCCAGUAA